AUGCCGGACUCCUCGGACAUCCACGCGUGCCUGCAGGAGCAGGAGGAGAAGCUGAGGUCUCUGCGGACUCUGCACGAAGCGAAGGAGGAGCAGUACAGGCAGUUGAGCGACCGCGUCGAGCGGGAGAAUUGGGAUGGUCGUUUCAAGGAGCUCACCGAGAAGGUCGCGGGGCUGGACGCCCGCAGGAUCGACUUCGCCGAGAAGCUCGAGAUCCUGGAGAAGAGGCUCGCGGGCGGUGAGCAGGCGCACGAGGAACUCUACAACACGGUGCGCAAGCUGCAGGAGAGGCCAACGUACUAUAACGCGGAGUCUCUGCCUGUGCAGGUGGACUACAGCAAGGACGACGCCGAGGGGCCGCCUGACGACGUCGCCCCCGACUUCUCCGCGCUGGACGUCAGGGUGAACCGCGGCGAGGAACGCCUAGACAGCCUCGCCGGGGACCUGCGCACGGUGAGACAGGAGCUGGAGGCUGCGCGGAUCCUCGAGAUGG